AUGAACCAUUUGCAUAGGAUUAUUGAAAUAGGAGAUGUUCAGUGUGUGUUGAACUUGAGGAUGAAUCAGAACACAUUUGCACGAUUGUGUUACUUGUUAACUCAUGUUGGAGGGCUCGUAGAGUCUAGAUAUGUCUGCAUUGAAGAGAAGGUCGCAAUGUUUCUAUCUAUAUUGGCUCAUCACAAGAAAAAUAGAGUUGCUGGUCAUGACUAUAUACGUAGUGGACACACAAUUAGCACUCAUUUCCAUGAAGUUCUGCGAUCAAUUCUGUUGCUACAUCCUAUAUUGCUGGUUAAACCCUCCCCUGUCGAUCACAGUUGCACCAACGAACCUUGGAAAUGGUUCAAGGGAUGUCUCGGUGCAUUGGAUGGAACGUAUGUCAAUGUUCAUGUACCCAGCUUAGAGAAGGGGAAAUACAUAACAAGAAAAGGUACUAUUGCAGUCAAUGUUCUUGGGGUUUGCGACAAGGACAUGAAUUUCGUUUACGCACUUAUUGGGUGGGAGGGAUCUGCAGCAGAUGCUAGAGUUCUACGUGAUGCAUUGACCCGUGAUGAUACACUCAAAGUUCCAAGAGGCCAUUAUUAUUUGUGUGACAAUGGAUAUGCCAAUGUCGAGGGAUUCUUGACUCCUUAUAGGCGAGUACGAUAUCAUAGAGAUGCUUGGGGAAACCGUGCAGUCGGUCCACAAAAUUAUAAGGAGCUAUUCAAUUGGAGACACUCUCAAGCUCGUAAUGUGAUUGAAAGAGCCUUUGGUUUAUUGAAAAAGAGAUGGGCCAUACUUCGAAGUCCAUCAUUCUAUCCACUGAAAACACAAAACAGAAUCAUAUUGGCUUGUAUGUUGUUACACAACUUCAUCCGGUCUGAAAUGCCCGAUGAUCCCAUUGAGGAAGUUAAUGAUGAGGUAGUCAGUCCGACCCAUGAGAUAGAAGAAGAUUUCAUCAACAAUUUCGACGCAUCUGAUGACUGGGAUAUAUGGAGAGAAAAUCUGGAUAUCGACAACUUCAUAAGCAUGGAAAAUGGAGCAACAUCGCAGAAUUGUGCAGGCAAAGGUAAGAAAACAGAUAAAACGAGACGUGGUUGGAGUGAACGUGAGGAAGAGGUUUUAAUACAAGCAUUAAAAGAGGCUAUCACCGAAGGUUGGAAAAGUUGUAAUGGAUUUCGAGCAGGGUACUUGGGUUUCUUGGAACGUCGGAUGAAGGCAGCAUUUCCGGAGACAAACUUACGUGGUAACCCACAUAUUAACUCUAAAGUGCAUGUGUGGAAGAAAAUGUAUGGCAAUUUGGUGACAAUAUUAAGUAAAAGUGGAGUAGGAUGGAAUGACACCGAGAAAACCAUUGAAGCUUCGAAUGAGACAUGGGAUGCACUUAUUAUGGUGGACAACAAUGCACGUGCCAUGAAACACAAGAGGUGGACAUAUUACAAUGACUGGUGUGAAAUUUUUGGAAAUGACCGAGCAACAGGCGAGAAUUCUGAGCACUUCACUUCUGCAGUUCAGGAUGUCCUUAAUAAAAUGAAUGUUGAAGUACCUAACAGCAUAGGUAUGAACCUUGAAGACCUAUUUCCUUUGGACGAGGGAGCUGCUGAGUCGAUGUUCGUAUCUGUCACACCAUCAUCCAAACCAACAGCAAGUGUGCAAUCGAAGGGUAAAAAACGGAAGCAAGUGGAUGACGGUGAUGAUGCAAUAGUGGAAGCCAUAAACAAUUUCGCAGACAUAACCAAAAAUACAAUGAUGGAACUCAUCAAACAAUUAGCAACAGAAGCAUCUGACGAGAAGAUGUCUAUCGCACAAGACAAAGUUUUAGAUGCCAUGGAAAAAAUUUCAGAACUGACGGAGGACGAGAAAGUGAGUGUUACUGAGUUAUUGGUGGACAACCAUAAUAAAUUAUCACUUUUCUUACAUUUGGGUCAUGGCGGAAGAUUGAGCUUAGCGAGGAAGCUGCUUAGAGGAGGCUAA